CUGAAAGUUCAAAGAAUAUUGUAGAGAGAGAGAGAGAGAGAGAGAGAGAGAGUUUAGAGAGAUGGCGGCAUGGAUUCGCGUCUUGGUCCUGGUGGCUUGUCUGCUUCCAUUGGUGGUGGAGUGUAGGGUUCGUCAUUACAAGUUCAAUGUGGUGAUGGCAAACGCUACAAAGUUAUGUUCAAGGAAGCCCAUAGUUACAGUGAAUGGGCGUUUCCCAGGUCCAACCAUCUAUGCCAGGGAAGAUGAUACAGUGCUUGUGAAGGUCGUUAACCAUGUCAAAUACAACGUCAGCGUUCACUGGCAUGGAAUUAGACAGCUGCGAACGGGUUGGGCAGAUGGACCGGCAUAUAUUACACAGUGCCCGAUUCAGCCUGGCCAAAACUUUGUGUAUAACUUCACCAUUACCGGCCAAAGGGGCACUCUCUGGUGGCAUGCUCACAUCCUUUGGCUCAGGGCUACCGUCCAUGGUGCUCUUGUCAUCUUGCCCAAGCUUGGUGUCCCAUACCCUUUUCCCAGACCCCAUAAAGAAGUGGUUAUCAUACUAGGUGAAUGGUGGAAAUCAGAUGUUGAAGCUGUGAUCAAUGAGGCGACGAAAUCAGGGUUGGCUCCAAAUGUUUCUGAUGCUCACACCAUCAAUGGCCAUCCAGGGCCAGUCCCAAAUUGCUUGUCACAGAGGGGGGUCAAUCUGCCAGUGGAUCCUAGCAAGACAUACAUGUUGCGAAUCAUCAGUGCUGCACUCAAUGAAGAGCUCUUCUUUAAGAUUGCAGGCCAUAAACUCACCGUUGUUGAGGUUGACGCCACUUAUGUUAAACCCUUCAAGACUGACACCAUUGUUAUAGCACCCGGCCAGACCACAAAUGUCCUUCUGACAGCUGAUCUUGGAAGCGGGAAGUACUUGGUUGCAGCAUCGCCUUUCAUGGAUGCACCAAUUGCAGUUGAUAAUAUGACUGCUACCGCGACAUUACAUUAUUCCGGUACCCUCACUACCACUGCCACCACUCUCACUGCCCCACCUCCUAAAAAUGCCACUCCAGUGGCAACAACCUUUACAAACUCCCUCAGAAGCCUAAACUCGAAGAAGUACCCUGCCAAAGUCCCAUUAACUAUUGACCAUUCCCUUUUUUUCACCAUUAGUCUUGGCGUUAAUCCUUGCGCUGCUUGUGCUAGUGGUGUCCGGGUGGUGGCUGAUAUUAAUAAUAUCACUUUUGUAAUGCCAAAAAUCGCUCUUCUUCAAGCACAUUUCUUCAAUAUGCCCGGGGUUUUCACUGAUGAUUUCCCAGGAAAGCCACCGAUAACAUUUAACUUCACUGGCACACAGCCAACAAACAUGGCAACCAUGAAUGGUACAAGGCUUUAUAGACUUGCCUACAACUCUACUGUGCAACUAGUCUUACAAGACACUGGAAUGAUAGCCCCCGAAAACCACCCUAUCCAUCUUCACGGCUUCAACUUCUUUGUUGUUGGAAAAGGAAUAGGAAAUUUCAAUCCCAAGAAGGAUCCGAAGAAGUUCAAUCUGGUAGACCCUGUUGAGAGGAACACGGUUGGAGUCCCCUCUGGUGGGUGGACUGCUAUCAGAUUCAGAGCAGAUAAUCCAGGGGUUUGGUUCAUGCAUUGCCAUUUAGAGGUGCACACAACAUGGGGACUGAAAAUGGCAUUCGUCGUGGACAAUGGCAAAGGCCCUGGCGAAUCAAUUCUACCACCUCCUAUAGACCUUCCCAAGUGUUGAUAGAGAUUAUUAGGGUUCCAUACCAACACUUCUCUAUAGUAUUUUGUGUUGAAGAAAGAACGAGGACAGGAAGAAAGCAAGCAAAUGAAAAGGUAAUAUAAAAAGGAGUCAGCUAAUAAACAGAGUUCUUUUGGGCAAGCAAAAUGUGAUGCUCAGAGUUGUACAAAAGCAGCCAAAUUCUUUGUUUUGGUUAUUCUUGGGAUAUAUGUUUGAUUGUAUUUAUACAUAUAUUGAUAAUUGAAGUUCCAAAAGAUAUUUUUAGUUAACAA